GUCCAGGGUGGAAAUAAAAGGCGUUCUUCAGGGACGUCUCCGUGCAAAAUCAUGAAGUGCAACUCGGAGUUCCUGGCUGCCACGUCGGGGCCUCACCACCCGGGCGCUGAGGAGGCCCCCGAGUUCUGCACGGCUCUGCGCGCGUACGCCCACUGCACCCACCACACGGCGCGCACCUGCCGGGGGGACCUGUUCUACCACUCGGCCGUCCACGGCAUCGACGACCUCAUGGCUCAGCACAACUGCUCCAAGGACGGCCCCACCUCGCAGCCCCGCCUCCGCCCGCCGCCCCACGGCGACAGCCAGGAGCGCUCGGACAGCCCGGAGAUCUGCCAUUACGAAAGGAGCUUCCACAAACACGCCCCCCCUCCCAACUACACCCACUGCGGCCUCUUCGGGGACCCCCACCUGAGGACGUUUUCGGACAGCUUCCAGACGUGUAAAAUCCAGGGGGCGUGGCCGCUCAUAGACAAUAACUACCUGAACGUGCAGGUCACCAACACACCUGUCCUGCCUGGUUCCAUGGCAACCGCCACCAGCAAGCUCACCAUCAUCUUCAAGAGCUUCCAGGAAUGCGUGGAGCAGAAAGUGUACCAGGCUGAGAUGGAUGAACUCCCCGCCGCCUUUGCGGAUGGUUCCAAGAACGGCGGAGACAAACAUGGCGCCAGUAGCCUGAAGAUCACGGAAAAAGUGUCCGGCCAGCACAUCGAGAUCCAGGCGAAGUACAUCGGCACCACCAUUGUGGUGAGGCAGGUCGGCCGCUACCUCACCUUCGCCGUGCGGAUGCCCGAGGAGGUCGUGAAAGCUGUGGAAGACGGAGAUAAUCAGGGCCUCUAUCUCUGUCUCCGGGGCUGCCCGCUCAACCAGCAAAUAGACUUCCAGGCCUUCCGUUCCAGCACCCAGGGCACGGGAAACCGGUCUCACCGAAAAGGCCCGAGCCCCCCGUCUCCACCAGAGGCGUUCACCUAUGAGACAGCCAUGGCCAAGUGCAGAGAGAAGCUUCCGGUGGAGGACUUGUACUUCCAAUCCUGCGUCUUUGACCUCCUGACUACGGGCGACGUCAACUUCACCCUUGCUGCUUACUACGCCUUCGAAGAUGUUAAGAUGCUCCACUCCAACAAGGACAAGUUGCACCUGUACGAAAGGACACGAGACUUUUUGCCAGGCAACAGGGCCGCCGCGGAGCUGCCCGGGGCUCUCCUCCUUCUGCUGGUGCUGUUGUCGUGCUUGAGUCAAUGCGCUGCCCUCUUCUUAUAGACCUUCGUCACAGCGGACCUUGCAAGUCAGGGAAACUGAGGGCCCGCAGAACAAAAUGAUUGUAGACUGGAGGAGGAGGAGGCUGAGCUAACUGGGAUGGCUCCUGGUUUACUCACCCCUCUCCCUCCAGAAAAAGUGGCCCGCGGGACGGAUUCGGGCCUUCUUGCCGGACGAAGGCCUGCCUCUCCUUUGAAGAGCCUCUACUAGACUAGAACUCCCUGUUGGCCGCCUUCCUUGAUCCCUUCCUCCUACCGCUAAGGAUGAUGGGAGGGGGCUCAUCACUCCCGACCCCUAAUUUCCUCCCCCCUUCUUCCCUUUG